AUGACAUUUCCUAAUGACAACAUGACUAGAGAAAUGUUGGUUGUUGAGGCACACAUAUGGAACCAUACUUUCAAUUACAUCAACUCCAUGUCACUCAAACAUGCUAUUCAACUUGGAAUUCCAGAUAUCAUCCACUCUCAUGGCCGAGCCAUGACCCUCUCUAAUUUGGUGGAUGCCCUCUCCAUUAACAGUAAUGCUAAAAGCUUGGAUUAUAUCUUCCGUCUUAUGCAUAUUCUAAUUCAUGGAGGCUUCUUUAAUCAAACAAGGGUUAAUGACAAAGAAGAGGGUUAUUUACUUACUCUAGUUUCAUGUCUCCUUCUUAAAGAUGAGCCUUUGAGUCAAGUCCCCUUUGUGCCAAUGGAACUAGAUAAAAAAUUCAUCGAUCCAUGCCACUCACUUAGCAAAUGGAUCAAGAGUGAUGACGACUCUAGUAUUCCAUUUGAAAUUGCUCAUGGCAAACCCCUAUUUGAAUAUGAUGAGAGGCAACCAAAUAUUAACUGUCAAUUUAUUGAAAUUAUGGCUAAUGAUUCCCUAUUAGUUAUAAGUGUGAUGAUUAAAAAUUGUAGGGAAGUUUUUGAAGGACUAAAAUUAUUGGUGGAUGUUGGAGGUGGCACUGGAAUUGUGGCUAAAGUUAUUGCGGAUGCACUUCUUGAAAAGAAUUGCAUCGUCUUUGAUAUUCCACAUGUAAUUGAAGGAUGUGAAGGGAGCUGUCACGACUCAGCUCACCGGCAGUUGGAGGAGAAGAAGCCUACCUUCUAUGCUCGCCUGGUAGAAUUCUGGUGGGUCCCGCUGAUUGAGGCUCCCCCAGAUGCACGCUCUUCUUGGUUGAUGGAGUUCUACGCCAUCCUGCCUAAUGUGCAGUGCGACAACUCUCACCUCAUCAUCCGCAUCAGAAGAGUUGACAUUCCUCUGAACGCCACAGCUAUGAAUGAGUCCCUAGAGGUAUCGGAGGUUCCGAACCAUGAAUAUGAGGUCAAGCUAAGGGAUAUGGACCUGGAGUGGCUGAGAGACACUCUUGUUGAGCCUACACGCUGGGAUCGGGUUCACUGGGCUAUUGUUGAGGGUAUUACUAGCUCGGAUUGGUUACCCGAUACUAAAAGGCCUUUCAUUUUGGCUGUUGAAUCUGAAUAUUCUAAUAAUAAGAUCGAAUCAAUUCCUAUUCGAAAAGAUGAUUUCAUCAUACCUGGCAUUGAGACUUUACUUUUUCAAGCUGGAAAUAGGGAACUCCUUUUUGGACCUGCCUUUGAUCUUAGGCUCGCAGCUACUAUAAAAGCGCUAACUAACCCCGUUGUGGGAGGAGACAUGUUUAAGUUCAUUCCCUCUACCGAUGCGAUUUUACUAAGGAUCAAUAAGCAAUGGGUAUUACAUGAUUGGAGUGACGAAGAAUGCAUCAAAAUAUUGAAGAAAUACAAAGAAGCAAUUCCAAGCAAGGAGAAGGGAGGGAAGGUGAUCAUCAUUGACAUGGUAUUGAUGGACCGUAACCUAGAGAAAGGAGAUGACAAGUCAUAUGAAACUCAACUUUUAUGUGACAUGUUCAUGAUGGCACAUGUUUCUAGAAAGGAAAGAAAUAAACAAGAUUUGGCAAAACUAUUCUCUCGUGCUGGGUUUCGUGAUUACAACAUUAUACCUAUGUUGCGAUUAAGAUCUAUUAUUGAGGUGUUCCCUUAA